AAAAAAGCGCGCCAAAAGUUGUUUACACUUGACCCGGGAGGAUCGUGAACUUUUGCGUGUUAACUUUUUCACCGGUAAUAUUAUCGUGCUUUCCGCUUUCAGGACCAAGACCGUUUUCACGAAACAGUAUUCAAGAUGAAGGGGGACCAGAUUCAGUAUUCUGAGAAAUAUUGUGACGACAAAUAUGAGUACAGGCAUGUUAUCCUGCCAGCAGAAUUGGCAAAAUUAGUUCCAAAAACUCAUCUCAUGACUGAAACAGAAUGGCGCAACCUUGGAGUCCAACAGUCCCCUGGCUGGGUCCACUACUUAGUUCACAGUCCAGAACCACACAUCCUGCUCUUCAGAAGGCCUCGAACUGAUGUGAAGCAGAGUGCAGCUUCACAAAGUGCAACUUAAUAUUUUCUUGUCUCAGAAGCAUGUUUUUUUUUUUUUCUUUUUCUUUUCUUUUCUUUUCUUUUCUUUUCUUUUCUUUUUUUUCAUGAGCACAGUUUUUCUGCUGUUUUCUUCUGUAUUAUUUACAUUCCUAGUUCAUUGAUUUGUUGUCUCAUCAUCUUCAGUAUUUUUCAACAGAAUAUAUAUUAUUUAUUUUAAUAAAUGGAUGCUUUGUAAAAAUACUGAAGCUAAGUUAGUAUUUUUGUGCAUUACAUCUUUUAUUUAAAAUUUUUAUUACUUAUAUACAAUCAUUAUAUUAAUUAAAGGUUGAAAAUAGGGCACUAGUGACUGUUAUUUUCAGAUAUUUUAAUAAUGCUUGUUAUUUUAAUCUCAAGGACAGAGGUCAUUGUGUGUUCAACCUGUGUUUUGUAAUGCUGAAUUGCAAAAAGUUUUCAUGGUACUAAUGUGCAUCUGUUAUUAUUUCUUGUCAUUAUUUAAUGUGAUCAUAGUAGUGUAGAUCUGGUGGCUAAGGGAGCCUCAGAUCAAGUAUUCUAAAAGUACAGUACAUUUAAUUGACUACCAUUUCCUAAAGAUGAAUCAUCAAAGUUUUGUCAGUUUAAAUGACAUUGGGUUUUGCAAUUUAAAGAAGUGGCAAAGAUUGUAUAAGAAAAUAUAAGGAUUUGUUCCCUCAUUGAUGUAUCCUAGAAUUGUCCAUGAAUGAAGUAAAAAAUCUUUAUAUUGUACUACAUAGAUAAUAGUUACAUAUUAGGUAUUUUCAUAGAUAAUAUAUUAAACAUUAUACUUCAAAAUCAUCCAUAUACCAUCUCAUAAUGUAGAAGACAUUUACCAAUAAAUUAUCUUUGAU